CGUGAUUGCGCAUCGCGUUCCGACACCUUUGUGACACAAGGGCCGCGUCCGCUCGUGAAUGCGCAAUCAAGAGUGCCGUCUCAAGAACGGCAAAAAACACGAUAGCGGGUGCAGUACACCGUAUGCUCCGCGCCCAACACGCCAUUCCGCGCACCAAGCUGUCGUCUCCCGCCGCGUCGAGCGAAAUGAGGUUUCGCGCCGCGCGAUGCCCAGCUUGGUCCUGUUCGGUGCGGUGCUUCGCUCGUUCGCCCGCUCCACCCGCUGCUGCUUCAUUUCGGGUCCCAGGUAAACUUGGUCGACUGACGUGCGAAGCGUGCACGGGUGCAGCCGAUUGCAAUGCGCUUUGAGCGGGACGUAGUCAACUCACGCAGGCAGCCUUCACGGGCAAUGUCGUAGUCCACUCCAGCAAACGAUGCUGAGUACGCUUGAGGAUUUUGAUCGAUGUGACGAAGGAGAUUCGGUGGCUAAUCCUCUUUGCGAUUGUUCAUGGAGCUUCGCUUCCUCUCUUCUGGCUUCCACACGGCGCACGCUUCUCGACCAUCCUAUGUUCAAGGUCUUCCCUUU